GACUUGAACCGAACUCAGAAAUCAAAGACACUACUGCAGCUAGCAAAAUUGCCGUCUCAAUCUGGAGUGUGCAGGGCUGGGUUAUAGAGUGGGCGUGUGAAUCAGUUACACAGCACGCUGCCUCUGGCUAAUUCUCUCCCCGGCUCGCAUCUCAGAGGACAACAUGGACAACCCAGUCUUCGCCUGUUACACUUUUUACAGCACUCUGCUCAUCCUUAAGCUGUACACGCUGGCCGUCAUCACUGGGCAACUCCGGCUCCACAAAAAGGCUUUUAUCAACCCAGAGGAUGCAUUGAGGCAUGGCGGGCUGGAAUAUUACCGAACUGAUCCUGACGUGGAGCGAAGCCGAAGAGCCCACCGCAAUGCCAGGGAGAACAUCUUUCCCUUCCUGUUCCUUGGUGCUGUCUACUCGCUGAUGGAACCUAACUUCUUCAUUGCCCACAUCCACUUCCUGAUCUUCUUUGUGGCACGAGUGGUUCAUAGUAUUGCCUAUCUGUUUGCUCUUAAAGCACCAACCCGCUCACUUGCGUACAUCAUUGCACAGGUUCCCUGCGUGUCCAUCGCCCUGCAGAUCCUUAUUAACGUGGGAAUCCAUUGGUAAGGCCAAUUUUUACUGCAAACCCCUCCGGAGUAGUGUUGGAUGUAUUGGUUCCUGAGAUUCAUUGAUCUCAGACAUGGAGAAUCCACCGCUAUGAUGCAGCUGUCACUCCACUGACUUGGGAACCAUCACGAAUUUGCAGCACGGCAAACCACAGAUAACAUCUUGCAGAAUCAAAAUCCUGUUCCCGUGCUGCUAAUUCCAUGCAAUUAAAUGCAAAAAUGCUUCAAUUUGAGCACAUAAACCUUAGAGGUUUCUGAAAAUGGUGACUAAUAGCAGGAUUAUUAUCACGCACCCCCCCCCAUCCCCGCACCACCACCUCCGCCCCUCCCCCCCACCCCACCGCAAGUCAAUUUUCUUUUUCUUUUGUUUGUUUUAAAGUUUAUUUUGAUCCAGAACCUCAGAAGAUGGAGCCGCUGUUUGGAGGCCCAUUUUCUAAAUAGCUGAACGAAAAAACUGUAAAGUAAAAAGAUAUCUGAAACAAAAACCAUAUAGUUCAGACAAAGUUUGAACAUUCAAUGACUGAAGUUUAGUGACUUAUCAUUGUAGCACAUUUUUAAAAAUAUUUAUAAAUUGAGAUUAAAAAGGCA